AUGUUGAAGAUUUGGUCUAUGAAGCAGCAGCAGGCGCAGGCCGAGAAUGCCGAUGGUGCUGGCAAGAAGAAGAAGAAGGUCACUGCCGCCCAGCUACGAGUGCAACGAGAUCUUCAAGAGCUAACGCUCGGAAACACAAUGAGAAUGACCUUCCCAAACCCCGACGACAUCUUAAACUUCACCCUAAUCAUCGAACCAGACGAGGGCAUGUACAAGGGUGGCGUCUUCAACUUCUCCUUUGCCGUAAACCAGAACUUCCCGCACGAUCCCCCAAAGGUCAAAUGCACCCAAAAGAUUUACCACCCCAACAUCGAUCUCGAGGGAAACGUCUGUCUGAACAUUCUGCGUGAGGACUGGAAGCCUGUUCUUAAUUUGAAUGCGGUUAUCGUAGGCAUGCAGUUCUUAUUCCUCGAACCAAACGCAUCAGACCCUCUCAACAAAGAUGCAGCUGAUGAUCUUCGCGCAAACCGUGACUCCUUCAAGCGCCAUGUACGUACCUCGAUGGGUGGUGGUGCCGUGCGCGGUGUGCAUUUCGAGCGUGUGCUCCGAUAG